AUGGAUGAAUUUGAAAAGUUCGAGUUAACACAAGAGGAUAUAUUACACUUGGAGAAUAUUGAAAUAAAUCUUCUGAACCAUAGUUUUGAAGUAGAUACCGAUGCAGAUGUUCAACCAAGUCGCCGAAUUAUUCUGUCAGAGAGUGAGAAUAGCGACGAUGAAAUCUCAAGGGUUAUUGCCGAUACUGUUGGUGAAACAUUCCAAGAAAAUACACAAGAAAUGAAUGGAGUGCGGACUCGAGUAUGUUCUUGGACUACAGAACAAUUACAGUCAGCUUUUGAUGACAUUGAUAAAAAAGACAAGGGGAUCAAUGAAAUAUUCUGA